UUGAACAACGGAAAGUUUUUCAUUUUUCAGUUAUUUUUUUGAUGACAUAAUAACCGGUUUAGGACAUAUGUCUGUUAGCACGUGUGUACAGUAAAAAUGUAGUAUUGUUUGUAAUUUCAUAUGUACAAGUGUUAAGGUGAUAAAGAAAAUAUUAAUAACAUAGGAGAUCAAGUUUCAGACUUAAGCGUCACUUGAAUAGGAUUGUGUGACGCUCCAAGAAGGAAUUAAUAAAGAGUACACAUACUUUUCUGCUGGUUUAUUCAAAUUUUCUGAAAGAGUAUGUUACAAGUGUGGUUCAGAUCCAAGAAAAUUGAUACAGUGUGGAAAAUUGAAAAAAAUUCUUGGAAAUUUUGUAUUCUUCCUUAUUCAUAGCAAUUAAUAAAUUCCACUUAAUAAAUCCUUAAAAAUUGAACAAAUAAACUACUAUAUUUAAAUUUGUAUCAUUCAUAAGGAAUUUUUUAUACUUAUAUACAAUGGUUAGUACGGACACAGAUCUCAAAGAACUCGGGGGAUUGAAUACUGGAGAAAAACUUGGAAAUGAUGAAAAGGUUCAAAUGAAAAAACAGCUUGGAUUAUUAGAAGGAGUCGCUAUUAUUUUAGGAAUCAUUUUUGGUUCAGGAAUCUUCAUAUCGCCGAAAGGAGUAAUUCAAGAAGUAGGAAGCGUUGGUUUAUCGUUAGCAGUAUGGGUUUUAUGUGGAUUAUUGUCCAUGAUAGGAGCUUUAUGUUACGCAGAGUUAGGUACAAGCAUACCUAGAAGUGGUGGUGACUAUGCUUAUAUUCAUGAGGCCUUUGGUGAAUUGCCUUCGUUUUUGUAUUUAUGGGCAGCUAAUUUAAUUUUUGUACCUACUACAAAUGCAAUUAUGGCUUUAACAUUUGCAGAGUAUAUUCUGCAACCUUUUUUCCCUAAUUGCCCCAUACCUGACAGUAGUGUGCGAAUAAUUGCUGCUUUAACGAUAUGUAUUUUGACUUUUAUUAAUUGCUACGACGUUAAAGAAACGUCAAAAAUGCAAAAUAUUAUAAUGUUUGCAAAAAUAGCAGCAUUGGGUAUUGUUAUAAUUGCUGGGUUAGCAUGGCUGGCAUUAGGACACGUUGAAAAUUAUACUAAUAUUUUCGAUCAGACAACAACAAAUCCAGGAAAAAUUGCAGUUGCAUUCUAUGCUGGAAUUUUUUCAUAUUCUGGCUGGAAUUAUCUUAACUUUAUGACUGAAGAACUCAAGGACCCUUACAAGAAUUUACCUCGAGCCAUUUAUAUUUCAUUACCAUUAGUAACUCUGAUUUAUGGUUUGGCCAAUGUUGCUUAUCUUGCAGUUCUUAAUCCGACUGAAAUGAUCGCAUCACGAGCGAUUGCUGUGAGCCUUGGAGAUCGAGUUCUGGGACCAAUAGCAUGGAUAAUGCCUCUUCUUGUUGCAACUUCAGCAUUCGGCGGCUUAAGUGUUCAUAUCAUGACUUCUUCAAGGAUGUGUUUCGUUGGUGCCAGAAAUGGUCAUUUUCCGGCUAUGUUAAGUCACAUUAAUGUUACAAGAUUUUCUCCUACGCCUGCUUUAGUAUUUUUGUGUAUUUUAUCACUACUUAUGUUGUGUACAAGUGACGUUUUCGUAUUGAUAACAUACUGCAGCAUCGUGGAAUCGUUCUUUAUAAUGUUAUCUGUUACUGCAAUCCUCUGGUUGAGAUACACCCGACCAAAUAUGGUCCGACCGAUAAAAAUUCCUCUUUGGGUUCCCAUAUCUUUUGUUAUUAUAUGUGCAUUUCUAGUUGUUGUUCCAUGCUAUACUCGACCUUUUGAAGUAGGGAUGGGAGCCUUUAUUACAGCUUCUGGCAUCCCAGCCUAUUUCUUUGGAUUUGUGUGGACAAAGAAACCCGCAUGGUUAUUAAAUUUCGACAUGAAAGUUACGCAUACUGUUCAGAAACUAUUCAUGUCAGCGAGAGAAGAAAAAGAUGAUUGAUGUCUAUUGAUAAAAAUUGUGUGCAUUAAAUAUUUUUUGCAAAUUUUAUAGUUUAUCAAAUUGUUGUCAAGAAUGAAAAAUAA